AUGUCAGAUCGAUCUUCGUCCCCGACUUCGGGGUCCCCUGGUUCUUCCCCCGACAGAGACAGUCGCAAGAAUAUUCUGGUCAUGAGAGACAAGGGCAAGGCUCCUGAAGGCUCAUCAAAAAGGAAGCGGACCUUGACCAACGGCACAGGCGCAUCUAACUCAAGGCGGCGCACACGAGAGCCCGAGGUCAUUGAGGAUGGUGACGACACUGGGUCCUUUGACUAUGACCCGAACCAGCCCCUGGACGAGAGGCGCCAAGUGCAAAGGGGUUUCAGAGAUAUAAUACGAGAUGUGACUGAGAAUGCCGAUGAGUACCUCAAGCCCGAGUCGUUGGGUCUCCAUGACGCAAUACGAAGGGCCAAUGAAUUGUCAGGCCAAGUGAAGCAGACCAGCGAGGCAACCAUCGACUCCAAACUCCUGGUCAACACAGCCGAUGCGUCUUAUAGGAAGACAGUCCGUCUCACUUCUGGCAACAUCGCUCAAGGAGUUGACGUAGAUGAGUUUGUCUCAAAGUGCAUCACUUACAUGCGUUUGGGUAGUGGGAUCGCCGAGGAUGACGCACCAGGACUCACCGCGACCCAGCAACAGCGACGAAGGCCCAAUAGAGUAGCCCAAGAUGACGAUGGAGACGACGACGAGAUCGGUGACGAAGGCGACAUGUUCAACUGGGAGCACCUGGGUCGUUUCGCCUCCCUGCCACAUGUCAGGCGGCCAGCUGUGCCUGGCUUUCUUCUGGGCCCCCUUUCCGUCGAGAAGAAGGUACGGAAGGUUGUCAAGCGAAGCGCGCCUUUCAGACCUGGAAACCUCCAAGAGACCAGACCAGAAGUGCUGAAUGCCGAAGACGUUCAAAGAUCGGAGAAGAACGACCUCACAGCUAUCUGCUCGAAGAUCCUCCGCCGACUCGAACAAGUCCAAGAGGAAGCGCAGACCAAGGUGGAUGAUGCAUACCAGAAUCAAGGAGCGAGUGAGGAAGAAGCGCAGAGACUGAUGGAUAAAUACGCCCUAAGAAGUACAGGCGGCAUCGACCUGUUGAAAUUCGUCGUCAACCCGAAGUCAUUUGGACAGACAGUAGAGAACAUGUUCUACGUCAGCUUCUUGAUACGAGACGGUCGUGUCGAAAUUGACUUUGAUGACAACGACCUGCCCACGCUUCAGCCAGUAGCCUCACAUGAUGAAUCUGGUCAUGCCAAAAGCAGUGCACGAAAGCAGCAGGCUGUAUUGUCCAUUGACAUGCAGAUGUGGCAUGACAUAAUAGAUGCUUUCAAUAUUAUCGAGCCCAUCAUAGAGCAUCGCAAGGAACAAAGGCACCAAGGCCCAGGAGCUCGCGGCUGGUACAGCUAG